GUUUUACUUGAGUGGCGGUGCGGUACAAAUAAUAGUUUUUCGUGGCGUUUAUCUUUAAUAGAAAAAUAAUUCAAUAGAAAAAGAAUAUAAAUAAUAUUGUUGUCAAUGGAAGCGCACAGAUAAGAUAAGGUGUAACUGCAAAAGUAUUGAAUAUAUGAGAUUUAAAUAUAUUGCUAAGAAAAUGAUUAUAGAAUCAUAAGUGUACGCAAGGCAGAAAAGUUUUACUACGUGGAUUAUUAGUUACGACUGAAUAAACAAAAACAACGCACAAGUGCAGCAUAAAGAAAAAAACAAAACAAAUAAGAAUAAAAAUGAGUAUGGAUGAGAAACUUAAAUAUUCACUUUUGCGAGGAGAACUUGUGGACAGUCAAAAUGCAUGGACACGCCAUGAAAAACGCGUAUGGUUCCUCACACUCAUCACAGGCACUUUAAUGCUGUAUUCUACGCGCACGUCAAUGCCUUUACUAAUACCCGCUGUUGCAGCAGAACAAAAAUGGAGCAAAACCGACUCGGGUACUGUGCUCAGUUCAUUCUUCUGGGGCUACACAUUGACACAGGUGGUGGGUGGCUAUUUUAGUGAUCGUUUUGGCGGUCAACGUGUUAUACUUUUCGCUGCCAUUGGCUGGUCGUUGAUUACAUUCUUUAUGCCAAAUAUUAUAUGGAGUUCAACGGCGAUUAAGGCAUAUUCCAUUCCGUUUAUUGUCACUAUACGUAUUAUAAAUGGCGCAUUCCAAGGUGUGCACUUUCCAAGCAUGAUUAGCCUGACGAGUCAAAAUCUUUGCUCGAAUGAACGCACAAGUUUCUUUGGCCUACUCACUGCCGGCUCAGCGCUGGGCACACUGCUGACCGGCAGUUUGGGCUCAUUUGUGCUGGACUACUUCGGUUGGCCGUAUGUAUUUCGCGUAAUUGGUUUUUUGGGCAUAUCCUGGGCAUUAAUGCUGCGCUACUAUACCAUGGCAGGUGAACGUGGCCGCAUUAUAAACGUAUCGGUGCCGUCGCGCCUGUGUGCCAAUAAGCAAAUACCGGACAAUGUGCCGUGGCUGCGUUAUUUUAGAAAGCUCUCAUUCUGGGCUUGUGUGCUCACGCAUGCCUGUGAGAUGAAUUGCUUUUUUGUGCUGCUCUCAUGGCUGCCCACGUAUUUCCACGAUGGAUUUCCGCAUGCCAAAGUGUGGGUGGUGAAUAUGAUACCAUGGCUUGCUUUGCCGCCAUGCACGUUGUUUGCACGAUAUUUAACCGGACGUUUAUUGGCACGUGAGUGGUCUACUUCGUCGGUGCGUAAGAUCAUACAAAGCUGCUGUUUUGCAUCACAGAAUCUGGCGCUAUUCAUUAUGGCGCGCACAAGCGAUUUUCACACAGCACUCAUUUGCAUGACCGUUAUAAUUGGUGGCACUGGCUUCCACAAUAAUGCUGUCACUGUGAAUCCACAAGAUUUGGCGCCUUCGCAUUCCGGCAGUGUUUUUGGCUUGAUGAACACGGUCGGCGCCGUGCCUGGAUUUUUAGGUGUCUACCUGGCUGGACACAUUCUGGAGAUAACACAAAGUUGGCCAAUCGUUUUUAGCACUGCGGCAGCUAUUAAUUUAGUUGGCUGGACAGUGUUCAUGGUAUUAGGCUCGGCUGAGGCUAUUGUGUGAUUUUUGUUGCGUGCAAUUCUCUACACACCCUCUAGGCAUGCACACAUUUCGAAGUACUGACUAUUGAUUCCAAAUAUAUUUGUACAUACUUAUUUGUAGAGUACACAACACUCAUUCGACUUGAUGAACGGCUUUUGGUAGUUCCUUGUAAUCAUUUUAUUUAUUUGUUCUUGUGGUUUACAAUUUCUGUAAGAAAAAUAUUUAUAAGUAGCACAUAUUUAAAAUAUUUAAGCGUGAUAUGCAAAAUAUAAAUAAUAAGAAAAAAAACA